CGUACUCAUCAUCACCUUCCCUUCCUUCCCCCAUAGAGAAAACAAUCAUCUCUCUUCCUUCAUUCGAUCCAGACCCUAAAAAGCUUUCCCCUUUCGUCUCCUCGCUGUCAAAAGCUUUAACCUUUUCUCUCCACCACUCUUCCGAAUCAAAAACCCAUCUCAGAUCUAAUGUCAGAAGGGUACGCGAUCGAGCUCUACUUCGACCCAGCCCUCGAGAACCAAGUCCUCAAAGCCUGGAACGUCUUCGCCCGCCGCCAAAUCUCCACCAAGCUCAUCACCACCGAGUCCCGCCCCCACCUAACCCUCUUCUCCUCCUCCUCUUCCUCCUUCCUCGACUCCUCCUCCUCCGCCGCCGCCAAGCUCGAGCCCGUCGUCAGAGCCUUCGCGUCCAAGCAAGAGCCUCUCCCUCUCUCCUUCUCCUCCAUCGGAAGCUUCUCCGGCGACAACAACUCCCUCUUCCUCUCCCCGACCCCCUCCCUCUCCCUCCUCAACCUCCAGGCCCAGCUGAUCGACGCCGUGAGGAGAGAAGGAGGAGGAGGCGGCGCGGUGGUGGCGGAGAUCGGCGAGGAGUUUCGUCAGGAUUCGUGGGUCCCGUUCUGCCCCGUGGCGGUCGAUGUGCCUAGGGCUCGUAUGGCUGAGGCUUUCUCUGUCUUGAGGGAUUUGAAGAUGCCAGUGAGUGGUUAUGCGAUGGAUGUUGGCAUCGUUGAGUUCUCUCCUGUUCGUGAAGUCUUCUCCUUUGCUCUUGGUAACAGCUUGGAGUCUUGAUUAUCACCUUGUGUCUGGUCCUAAUGAUGUAUCUGUGUGGUUUUCUUUUAGCUUAUUGGGUUUAUGUAAUUUGAUGGAACAGUACAGAAAGCUAUGUACUUUGCUGAAUAACUUAGCUGUUUUGUCUUUGUUUCAAGAUUUGAUCUUUCUUCUUGUU